AGAUUCCACCCCCAUCCUUAAUUCUCGAAGGAAGAGGUCCCCGGGCACCAGGCGCAAGAAGCCAACCUGCAUCGGCCCGCACUGUAAGGCUACCGGAUCCGGGCCGGGGCGGAGGAAAUUUGCACGGCGGCUCCGCCUCCUGCUGCCUCUGAGCUCGCUGGCGAACCGGACGGCUCCCGAGGAGGAGUCCCUAGCCCGGAUAGGAGCUCUCAGCCCCUCCUCGCAACAGGGCCGGACAAGGCGCCUGCCCCCGUCGCCUGCCCCAUGCAAAGCCCCGGGAGGGACCGGCCGAGGCUGCUGCUUCCGAGGAGACCCGACGAGGAUGGGCAAAGCGGAGAUUGCAAUGACACCCCUUCAGCAGUGGGGUGAAGAGGCAGAAGAUGGGGCCAUCUACAGCAUCAUCCUUCACCGAGUGAGGGCAGAGCCCAUCGCCAACAGAUCGUGUCAGCUGGAUGUCUCCAGCAUGCCAGAGUGUCCCUUUGUACAGUACCGCACGUGCAAGAAGCGCCUGUUGCGGGCUGCUACGCUCCCCAGGCUGGUGGAGUGGCUGGUGUCUGCCAACGUGGAGGGUGACCUUGGCUACGUGCCCAGCUUCCUGGCCACCUACCGGGCCUUCGCCAACCCUGCGCAGGUGCUGGAUCUGCUGCUGCCACAGGGACCGGACAAGGCAGUGCUGCACGUAUUGGAACUCUGGCUGCAGCAUCACCCGGGGGAUUUCUGGGAGCCCCCCCAGCAUCCCAACUUGCAGAGAACCUUGAGCUUCCUGCACCAGUCUGCUCGCGACUCCCCAGCGUGUGCUCUGGCAGAGGGGCUGUGGCAGUCCCACAAAGACGACAAGGAGGAGCGCAGGAGGGCAGGUGCUGCUGAGGCAGAAGCAGGAGGUGAACCCACAGGGAUGGGGCUGCCACAGGUGAUCGGAGAAGCAGCUGGAACAGGUGACUGCGAGGAUACACCAGCCCUCCUGUCCUUCUCCGUGGAUGAAGUAGCUGAACAGCUGACCCUGAUGGAUGCAGAACUCUUCCGAGCAGUGCGGCCCUUCCACUGCCUGGGCUGCGUGUGGUCACAGCGAGACAAGAAGGAGAAUCAGCACGUGGCUCCCAGCGUCCGAGCCACUGUGGCCCAGUUCAAUGCAGUCACUAGCUGUGUCAUUGCAUCUGUACUGGGAGACCUGACUCUGCGAUUUCCCCAGCGGGCACACCUGCUAGAGAAAUGGAUCGACAUUGCCCAGCGAUGUCGGGCCCUCCGGAAUUUCUCCUCGCUGCAUGCCAUCCUCUCUGCCCUGCAGUCUAACUCCAUCUACCGACUGAAGCGGACUUGGGCUGCUGUACACAGGGACACCAGGGGCUCCUUCCGAAAGCUCUCGCAGAUCUUCUCCGAAGACAACAAUUACUUGAAGUGCCGAGAAAUCUUGCUGCAGGAAGGAGGUAUACAGAGCUCCAGUGAUGGAUGGAACAGCACACAACCCCCAGCUGGGGCAUCUCCGAAGGCUCCCACCAUCCCAUAUCUGGGCACCUUUUUAACGGACCUGAUCAUGCUGGACACAGCACUACCAGAUUUUGUGGAGAACAACCUCAUUAACUUUGAGAAGAGGCGCAAGGAAGCAGUGAUCCUCUCCUGGAUCUGCCAGCUGCAGGAUUCAUGUCAAGACUACCAUCUUUGCCCAAACCCAUCCUUCCGUCUUGCCUUUCACCAGCACCAGCAGCUCUCUGAGGAGCAGAGCUACCGGAUUUCCCGUGUGAUUGAGCCACCAGCCGACUCCUGUCCCAACUCGCCGAAGCUGCAUCGCAGCCUGACCAAGCGCUUCAGUUCACUUCUCCUGGGCUCAGAAGCCUCUGCUGCUUCUCCAAGCCCUGAAAAGCCCGGAAUCUCACCGCUGGGCUCCUGCAGCAGCCUUUCCUCUGAAGAUGCAUCCAGCACCCCUUGUUCACCAACUUGGGGACUCCCCACUAGCAAGAAUCUGUCUGUACCUCAGCUAAGGCCCUGCCUUCUGCUGGAGCAGCCCCCGCCAUCUCCCAUCUCCAAGCAACGAGGGACAGAGUCGCGCAUCAUCCGUGUCAGCAUGGAUGAUGUGCAUGGCAACGGCAACCUUUAUCGCAGCAUUGUGAUCACCAGCCAGGAUAAGACCACGGCUGUAGUUCAGCGCGCAUUGCAGAAGCACAACUUGGAAGGGCACUCGCUGCACAACUACCGGCUCCUGCAGCUGUUGGGAGAUGGCCAAGAGCUACUGAUCCCCGAUGGCGCCAAUGCCUUCUACGCUAUGAACCCCGCUGGCCCCCACGACUUCCUCCUCUGCCCCAAGGAAGGCGCCCCCAACUCCAUUGGGACCAUUCAGCCUGGUAGCAAAACCACGCUCUACGGCACACACAAGGACCGUGGCACUGGAGCUUCAUCGUCUUGCAGUUCUCCACACCUAGGUCCUCCCAGCCUGUCCCCACAUGGCUCACCAUCUCCACAGCUCUGGCUAGCUUCGUGUCUCCUGGCACCCCCAUUUCCAUCUCCUUCCUCCAGGCAGCCACCAAAUGACCCUCCAAGCUCUCCUCCUUCCCCCCUGCCUCUUUCUCGCCACUCACCCAUCGGUCCAGCUCCAUCCCAUGUUGCUCUGCAGAGGCCAAAGACUCCUUCUUCUUCAUGCCAGUUGCCCCUUUGCUAUUCCUCGGGGGCAUCCCUUUGGUCAGGGUCCCUCAGUCACUGUGACGUCCCUCGCCUUUCAGCUUCCCAAACUCUAGAAGCUCUGAGCAGUCCUGACCUAGAACUGGGCACUAAGGGCCACAGCUAAUCUCUCCGAAUAGAGACCCUCACCUCCAUGAGACCACACACAAAUGGCCAGGAAAACUGAGUGCCCCACAAGGGAGCGAUGAUGUUAAUGGAUUGGCCACUGUGAGGUUCCGUAGCUGUGUCCUCCUCAGCCUCCCCUCAGCAAUCCUAGAAUCCUAGAGCCAAGAAAGAUGGGCUUACAGGCCAUUCAGUACAAAACACAGCUGAUGCAAACCAGGUAUGCAGAGCCUUGCCAGCGGAGAUCAGAGGUGCCACAGGGUGCCAAUGUCCUGGUGUUUUGUUUCUUUUCUUUUUUUCUUUUUGAUUUAUGACAUUUGCCACCAGUGACUUUAUUUUUUUAAUAUAAUUUUUUUAUUUGAUUUUAUUAAAAGUAUAAACAUGUAACAGAAAACAA